GCUGUAGCAUUCUCUCAUCAAAACUUGAAUUAUUUUUCAUAGUCGGGUGUAUUGCUUGCUGGUUUUGGUGUUCACAAUUUCAUCUCGUCUCUCUCUCUCUCUCUCUCUCUCCCUCUCUCUCCGAUCUAAAUACGUAAUUGAUUUUUUUUGGUACGUCUUAAUUUGGAGUAGCUAGCUAGUGCGCGAAGAAGAUAUAUAUUCGUCCCCUCAAGUCUGUAGCGAUAUAUGUAUAUAUAUAGGGAUGGAGGAGUCAUGCGUGCCGCCGGGGUUUAGAUUCCGUCCAACAGAGGAAGAACUUGUGGGGUACUACCUCAAGAGGAAAAUCAGCUCCCUGGGAAUCGAUCUCCAUCUUAUUACCGACAUUGAUCUCUACAACAUGGAGCCUUGGGACAUUCAAGAUAGAUGUAAACUGUUCGAAAAUGAGGAACAGAAGGAAUGGUACUUCUUCAGUCACAAGGACAAGAAGUAUCCGACAGGAACGAGAACUAACAGAGCCACUGCUCACGGGUUCUGGAAGGCCACAGGCAGGGACAAGGCCGUGCUCUCGAGAAACACAUCUUCAAUCAUCGGCAUGAGGAAGACCCUCGUCUUUUACGGAGGUCGUGCCCCCAACGGAAGGAAGACAGAUUGGAUCAUCCACGAAUAUCGCCUCCAAACAUCGCAACACGCUCCUCCUCAGCCUCAGGAAGAAGGAUGGGUGGUAUGUAAGGCGUUCAAGAAACCAAUCCCGAAGGAAAGAGUCGGGCUCGAAGCCUACACUUACUGCAGCCGGAUUCAUCAAAUAUUGCCUCAUGAAUGCACUAAUUGGGACAUGACCACGAAUAAUAGUAAUAAUAAUCCAUUAUUAUUAACUGAUCCAAAUCCAGAUGUCUACUUUCAGACGCAGACCAUAAGUACGACGGCGCUGAGUGAUGAGAUAAAUAUGGACGUUGGAUCCUCACAAUUAGUUGAACUUCCUACUAGGAUCAGCGCCAAUUCAGACAUCGUCAGUCGUCGGCCAUUGGAACAAGCUACUGUUGUGGUAACAUCACAUCAGAGAAUGUGUGACGUUUUGCACUCUGAAGAUUAUUAUAAUCUCGACAGUGACUGGAAGGCUUUGAAUAACAGCAGCUUGCUCAUUGCCCCGGAACAGACGAGUAGCACUAGUUCUGAUCAUGCAAACCACCGCCUGCUGCCACUGCUACCGCCGCCUUUUGGUACCCAUGAACUCGCCCUUCAUCUUGCUCAUGAAAGUCAGGCCGGCAACUAUCCCUUCGUAUCAUGCUUGAAUGAUAAAUCGCCAUAUAUAACAAGUUCAGGGCUAGCUUUUUCGAACUAAAACUGCUAAAGCUCGCUCGCGACGAUGAGCUGAUGAAAUAAUCAUUGUCAAUUUUAUCAUAUAUUACAUGCAUGUGGACAGUACAUAAUUAAUAUUAAUUCCCACCUUUUCUUUUCCGCUAAGCGAGUCAGUGCUCU